CUUUAACCCCGUAUCAGCAAUAAAAAAACUCACUCAAAGGUCCCUCUUAAAAUUUACCAACAAAGUAUCCUAUAACAAUUUAAGCAGAGAUUCCUAUCAUGAGCUAAGAAUGCAUGAUCAAAUUCAAACCAUGGGAAGGGGCAUUGUUUUCGGAGAAAACCUUAUGGAGCCUUGUGGACGUAGUAGGUUAUGGUCUCAUACCAACAUCUUGGAAGUAUUAGAAGACCACAAGGGAGCUCAAAAUAUUGAAGGCAUCCUCCUACCCUCUAAAUGUGAUUUGUUUCCUAGGGAUAAAUUCCCAUGUAAGGAAAAUUUUGCAGCAUUACAUAAGGAAGACUAUGCAAUAAUGUCCAAGCUAAGAUUUCUCUACAUUCAAUUAGCAUGCUUCGAAGGAGGCUUCCCACAUCUUCCUUCUAGUUUAAGAUGGUUCAGUUGGGAGAGAUACCUUCUAGAAAAUGUACAAGACAAUUUUUAUCACAAGAAACUGGUCCAUAUGGACAUAUCAAAGAGCCAAAUUAGACGAGCUUGGACAAACAAGCCUCAGAAUGAAAAUCAGGUUGGAAGGUGCAUUUCAUUACAGAAACUUCUAGAUUUGUCAAGCCUAACGAAUUUAAGGGAAUUAACACUUUCUAAUUGCAAAAAGUUGGAGGAGAUUCGAGGCCAACAAGGAACAGAAUCCUUGGAAGUGUUUUCCUUGUAUAAGUGCAACACCAUUGAGUCACUCCCAGAGCUUCCCUCAACUUUAACCAGUUUGGUUAGAAGUUGCAUUUCAUUACAAAAACUUCCAGAUUUUUCAAGCCUAAAGAAUUUGAGGAAAUUAAAACUUCAUGAUUGCGAAAGUUUGGAGGUGAUUCGAGGUCUUGGGGGAACAGAAUCCUUGGAAGAGUUUUCCAUGUAUGAGUGUAAUAGUAUUGAGUCACUUCCCGAGCUUCCCUCAGCUUUAACAUGCUUGGAUGUUGGAAGUUGUAUUUCAUUACAGAAACUUCAAGAUCUGUCAAGCCUAAAGAAUUUGAGGGAAUUAAGACUUCAUAAUUGCAAAAAUUUGGAGGAGAUUCGAGGUCUUGAGGGAACUGAAUCCUUAGAACGGUUUUUUAAGACCAUAACUGAUACUCAAAGUAAGAUACUUGGCCAGGGAACUGUUUUAGUCGAUCCACCUUCAAUAAGUGAUCAUUCCUUGAGUGUUAAUGAUGGGAUAUACAAGGGGCUAAUUCUAUGCCUAGUUUUUGCAUUGGAUCAAUCUCUACCAUGGGAUAUGCAAAGGGUGCUCAUUUAUGUUGCAGCUUUGAUCCAUCGAAAUGAUAGGAUGACCCAUUGUGAUUUUGAAAUUAAAAUUGAGGACCUUGAAUUUAUUACUGGGAGAUAUAAUCUACAUUCACCAUUUCAAAGGGUUUGACUUGUUUGAGUUUCCAUUGGAAGGAAUAGAUGAUAUUGAGGAAAUAAGUGUAGAGAGUCGCAAUUGUGAAGUGAAAUUCUGGAAGCUCAUACCGUUGGAAAAUAAGGAACCUGAGCAGGAAAUUCCCAACCAAGAAAGUAGUGCUAGGUUGGCUGCAGAUUUCUUUAAAUGGUUAUACCGCGAUAAUGAUGAUGAUGGUAAUGAUGGAUCUUCUCCCUCAUCUCAUGAUGCUGGGAAAGAGAUGCGGAUGGUUUCCUUCCCCUCUUCAUAUGAACCAUCCUCCUCUUCAUGUGAAAAUAGUGAUGAUGAUUGGUUUGGAUGGUUUCCCCCUUUAACAUUUGAAGAGAUAAUGCAAAGGCCUAGUAAGAGAGCACGUCUUGACGUGGAUGAGGAGGCAGCUGGUCCCUCUGGAGCUUCAUGAGGCUAAAUUUAAGAUACGUAUCAUAGUUAACACACGUUUCCCUACAACAUCAAGAUCCCGAGUUGGAUGGCAUUGGUGUGGAUAAGCAAGCAGCCCCUUAUCAAAACCCACUUAUUUUUAUAAGUUCUGUAAUAGUAGACCAUCUAUUUUUAUGGAUUGUAAUCAUAAAUUGACAUUUAUUUUU